CUACCUGAGCUCUCUACCUGAGCCUUUGGCUGCCUCACGUCCUUCCCCCUCCACCGCUGCGUCGUUGCCUCUUUUCUCUUUCUCUCUCGCACUCACGUCCGAUCGCGAGAUUGUAAACAAUUCGAACGCGCGCGGAGAGCCAGAAGUACGACAUCGGAUCGUGAUUCGGGAAAGAUGCGACUGACGUGGACCGAGGGGAGAUACGCGCUCUGCUUGUUGAUCCUGCAAAUAAGACUGACCAAUUCGCGGACGUCCUGGCGACUGAAUGCCGCCGACAAGGUCGUGAAAACGACCGACUUUGUGAGCGCGGUCGAGGACGAUCCGAUCUUCGACAUCCUUGCGGGCAGCGUGGUCACCGGCAACGGCCAGGCUUGGAGCAGGACCGCGACGUCCGAGAAGCACGAAAAAGUACAGAUAUACUGUCAGGAAUGCAAGGGUUUCGCCAGCCAGGAGAGACGACUUUCGUCGUACGUGUUGAAGGACACGCAAAAUAUCAGCGAAUCCUUCCCGCUGUCCUCGCAAGUGUCGAAUGAGCAAGUGACAUGCGCCUCUGGUCAGUCAUGCGACAACAUAAUAUUAGACUGUGGCAAACCAGUGAACUUUACUUACUACGACAAUCUGAUCGGCGUGGCAAACAGGAACAAGCACCCGUUGGUACCAGAACCCAAUGUGGCCCUUAUGUUUAAAAAGAAUGGUGGCAAAACUGUCGAUGUCGACAUUGAUCUGCUGGAAAGGCGCUUGAAGAAAGCGAAACGAGAGAAACCAAAAUCUGUCCAACUCUAUAAUCAAAUAGGAAAUUUUUGGCGUAUAAAGGGCGAUGCACAAAGAUCGAUUGAGUGCUUUCGUAGAGCUCUCGCCGUAUCACCACAUAACGCGGAAGUGCUCUUGAAUUUGGCGAGAGUACUGCUGGUACAACAUUACUUGGAUGAUGCGACAUAUUUAGCCAGGCGAUCUUUAGAGUUGCAGCCUCCGGAUCGCAACGCGUGGGAGCAAUAUCUUACACUUGGACAAAUAUUCAAGGCAUAUGGACAUUUCCAAGAGGCAGCUGUACACUUGCGACACGCGUUGGAAUUAAAACCAGAUCUUUCUGAUGCUGCCGACGCGUUAAAAGAAGUCGAGUCACUGCCGCUUGCAAGUAUACAUGUGUAUACGUUGCUGAUUAUCGUCGGUUUGGUACUUGGUGUACUCUUUGUUGUGUUGACCAGUGUGGAAUGUGAUGAGGAUUCAACUCUAGUCAAUGGACAGCUUCAGCGUCCAGUACAACGACAUUUCAGUCGUGCUAUGGCUAUGCGCAGCUUGCGGCUCAAUGUCGCACGCAACAAACGCUGUUGAUGAUAAUGAUAUUCAUUAUUGACGAAUCAGUCAUUCGUACAUGUGAUAGAGUAACUUCUCAUGCCAUAACGACUUAUCUCCCUGCAAAUUAUUAUUACUAUUAUUAUUAUUAUUAUUUGUAACAUGACUCGCAAUAAUUCUUGAAAUGCACUAACUGUUUAUUAUAUAUCUGCGGAGAAAAAUAUACGAGGAAAUGUAAAAGA